AUAAAAUUUUUGGCCUGCCCAAAUCGAUCCCCUGAGCUGAGCGAGUUGAUGGCUAGAAGGUUUUGUUGCCGCCUUUCGUUGUUUCCGUCUCUGCUUUCCAUUCGAAAAUCAUGGUUGGCAGAACCAGCAGUUCAAAGGUUGGAUGCUCAGAGUGAUUUCUUUGUUAGUAUUUUAAGAAAUCAAAUUAUUGGAGGAUACUGGCCGAGUUUUCAAGUAUGGCGAUCAUAUGCUCGUAGUGGACGUUCAUAUUAUGACCUCUUUGGCAAUGGAAAACCUGGAGAUGAGGAGUUUAGGAAAGCUUGGGAAAAGGAGAUGGAUGAGGAGACAUGUCUUUGGACAGGAAGUGAUGAUGAUGAUAAUGAUGAUGAUGAAAGAAAUGCUAAAAAAGGUCGAAGCCGUGUUGAAGAGGAGAUCAGGAAAGUCAAACAGAAAGCAAAGGAGCACUCAGACCUUAUUGAUGCAGAUGAUAGCGAUGAGUUGAGAAGUGUAUGGUCUGGAAGUGAUGAGGAGAAGACACUUUGGACAGGUAGCGAAUGUGAUGAUGACGAUGACAUUCCUACAGAAGCCUACCCAAACAAGAGUAGUGAUGCUUAUUUAGACAAGUUAUUUGAGUUUGAGGAGACACCAAAAUAUCGAACAAUCUCAGAAUUAUUGAAAGCUGAGAAGGAACCGCCCGAGCUUUCUCCAGGAAAACAAGCUAGGAAAAUUGCAGUUGAGAAUGCCCUGAAAAAACUGAAGAAAGGGCCAGAUGGGCGUUACAUCAAUGUAUGGGAGGUCAUGAGUGAUAUAGACAUCCUAAUAGGAGCUUUUGAAAAUAUUGUUUCAGGGCCAGAGUAUGCAGAGCUUAGAAAGGGUGGACCAAAGAAGUUAAACAUGCAAUUCUUCAAGGAUAUACAAGCACGCAUGAGAGAUCCGAAUUUCAAGUUCUCGCCAGAGUUAAAAUUGAAACCAAAGAGCAAACUGGUCUCAAGAAAAAAAUGGCAGAGAGCCAAAUCUAGACAGAGGAAAGAUCGGAAGCGCUGACAGUUAUAGAUACAUUUCUUCUUUCUUAUUGGAGACAAGGUAAAUAUACAUUUUAUGGUUUUGAAUCCAUGGUUCAUAUUGAUAGCUGGAGUCUAAUGUACUGAUCGCUUUGUUAAAAACUCAAAAUCUUUGACAUACAUCGUUGUACAGCCUUUAAACUGUCUUUAAUGUUUGAUGCAGGCGUUUCCUCA